AUGUCUGCCAACACCGUCAACCAAGAAAGCGUCAGCAACGGCCAGGACCAGAACGACGCCCCGAGUGGGCACGGUGCCGCCUCAGCGACCCAAGCAGAAAGUCCUACGGGUGGCAGUAAUCGAUCAAAAGAGGCCUGUGAGGCGGCAACAGGUACUGGGGAGCGACCGACCAAGAAGGUCAAGAGAGCAAAAUACAUAACUAGAGCCUGCACAUCUUGCCAGCAACGGAAGAUCAAGUGCGAUGGCUCUGAGCCAUGUGGACAGUGUGUCGCGAAGAAACGCACUUGUGUGAGCGUACCUAGAAAACACGAAGUGCGAAAUGACUGGGAUAUUGGCGGCGAUCCGAACAACUCUCUGAGCAGAGAAAUUCUCGACCGUCUCGCCAGUGCGGAGCGUCAACUGCGCAUACUGAGUCGCACAGGGAUCGAAGUUGACACUCGGAGUAGCCAUGAGCAUCUGCGGCGGCGCGGCUCCUCUGACGAGGCCGAUGAAGCGCGCAAGCCGACGACAGAGUUCCAAAAGGCCCUCGAGGUGGAGGGACAGACAUUCGCCGGAGAACUUUCCAUCACGCCGAAUCUCGAGCAGAGUAACAACGAUGGCUCUGGCCACCACGGAGAUGAUUCUUCACCCAGCUCUUUUGUACGUGCCCUAGACCCUGCUCUGAGCGAAACAGGGUCCAGAAAAAUAAGAGGGUGGCUGGAGAAGAUACUCGUUCAGCACGGAAUAGCCCCCGAUGAACAGAAGUGGAGGCGCGACCUCGCCGUGUACAUGGAAGAGGUUCAUCCUCUCUACGCAUUUCUCCAUCCUCCUACCGUAUGGGAAACUUUUGACGAGAUGUGGGAAUACUCUGCUCUCUGGUCCAUAACGGACACGACUGAGCGCCGUGAGAAGCACAUUUCAUUAGCCCUCGUCUUCUUUUGUAUUGCCUUGGGGCGAUGUAGCGUGUCUUCACGAAUGAGAGAUGAAAGCGGCGUGUACUCUUCUGGAUUUGGCAUGUAUAGCGUUGGGAUGGCUCUCCUGCAAAACGUCAUGGAGCUGGGAGACGUCAAAACCAGAUCGCUACCAACACUACAGGUCUUGAUAUUAAGGGUCAUAUAUCUGUUCCGCCUGGACGCAAACCAGCAGGCCUCGCAAGUUCUGGCACUCUUGGUCUCUAUCGCGCAUGCUACUGGACUGCAUCGCCAGAGCACACUUGAUCCCAUGCCCGCCUUCUACAACCAGCUUCACUGUCGUGUCUGGUGGGUCAUCUACGCACUGGACCGCAGAAUAGCGCUCGAAUCCGGCAAGCCGUAUCUCAUUCAGGACAGAAACGUCGACACGGCCUUCCCGUUGGAUCUGACCGACGACUGGCUAUCGCGAUACCAGACUCGGCAAGACACAGUAGCGGAUCUCCAGUCGGACAUCUUGGCCCAAGUUGCAGAAAACCCAUCUCAAUCAGCAGUCCCGUACAUGAUCGCUCUGAUCCGGUACUCUCGAGCAGCCGCAAAGGCGUGGGAAAUCCUCUACGGCGUCAAAGCUUCUAGCAUGUCUGCUUCCGCCAUGGUAGACUAUGUUGAUACUGUCCUGGAAAAGCUUCUAGAUGGAGUUCCCGACUGUUUGAGAUACGAUCCAGACCUGCCGUGCGAACCUCAAUUUAGCAAUAGAUUGCGGUGGCAGAUUAAACAGACAAUGCUUCUCUUCACGUGCUGCACAUAUGUCCGCGUUCUGAUUCAGAAACCCUUCAUACCAAUGUCCCGAUCUGUAGAACGAGGCGAGGACGAUGAGCUAGAGUCGGCAACCGCCUGCGCCAGCUUGGCAGCCAGCGUUCUCACAGCACACCAAAAGCUGAAUGACAACGGUAUCAAGUACAGCUUUGCUCUGAGCCAUUAUGUCACUAGCUGUACGAUGAUAAUGCUUGGGCUCGUCUCUCGCGAGCCAGGGUUUAAGAGAAGAUACGGAGACCUGUUACUGGCCGCCGCGAGGAGUCUGAAUAUGUAUUGUCAUGAAGUUUGGGUCUCUGGGAAGAUGAUGAGGCUCGUGUCGAAGCUGACAAGGCUAGUCCAGAGGACAUUGAGCAGCAAGAAGGCAGAUGUUCAUGGUAGUGAACGACAAGAUUCUGGUGGUGGGAGCAUGCAACAGCAAUUAACGCCACACUCAGAAGAUCAAGUGCUUGAUUCAUCAAUGCAGCCACCAAGCAUUACGGAUGAGGGGAUUGAGCACGUGAGGGAGUGGAACCUGGAUCAUUCGGCUAAGCCCCGUAUCUUGACGGCUGAUGUUGCGGAGAGAAGAUAUUCUACUAACGAGGAUAAUCAACAUCGAUUCUCAACGUCAUGGAUGGGCAGGUCUAGCUUGGAUGAGCGAAACGACCGGGCAAUUUCCGAUUCGGACUUUAGAGCUAUCUUUGAUGGUAGUGAGCGCUACGGGGUUGAUUUCCGAUCUUCAGGAUUGCUUGCUGAUCAGUCUCUUGGGGGCUUUGAACUAAGAAAUGCCAGCGUGGACGGAGACUUUGGGCAGUUCAAAUUGGGAGCACUGGGUUUGAGCAAUGUCACCGACCUGGAAGUAGCGAAUGAUCCUUCUAUGAUGGAUCUCUUCGAUAACUCGCCCAUGAUGAAUCUUGGCGGGCUUGGGUGA